GACUUGAAAAUUGCAUGGUACACUUAAGAGAUAAGAUAAAAAUAGGCCUAUUUACUUGAGAGAAACUCAAGAAUCUUAUUUAUAAAACUGACUCGAUUCCAGUCAUGAUUCAUCUUCUAUAGGAUCAUUUUCCUUAUUGCUUUUUUGAACUUAAACGACUCAAUUCACCUGAAUGUUUUUCCUUCAUAAAAAGAGCAUUUAAUUACCGAUGCGUUUUUCAAUAAAUUUCAAUUUUAACUAGUCGAUUCAAAAAGGUGCACAACAAUUUUCAUUAGUGAUUGACUUAUUUCAGUCUCAUCAGUUCGGUAACUCAGCAAGCUCUCCUAAGAGCAUGCUUAUGAAUAAUAGGUGAUUUUUAACUUUAUCGUAUGUACCUUUAGAUUUGCUGGCUAUAACUUCCUAUAGAUCCCAACCAAAAAUUUGAUGACAGGGAUUCAACAUGGAUGACAAAGACAUGGACGAGCUUAUCAGACAAAUGUUGCAGAAACCUUCCAACAUUUCCCAUCCGGCCUCGCAUACUACAAACGGGUCGUUUGACAUGACCAACGGCACGGGCGCCGGCGCAAACGGGUCGUUUGACAUGAACAACGCCACGGGCGGCGCCUCAAACGGACCGCUGGAUCCGUUGAACAACGAGACUUUGAUCAGAGAAAAGUUGAGCAGCUACUUUCUGCAGCAAAUGCUGGAGACGGAGAACCAGAAAGAUAAAGAGACAACAGCUGCAGCCAGUGCGCAGGUGCAAGCGCCUACAACUGCGCCACAAAAUGGUGCCGGCAGCGAUGUCAAAGUCGAUCUCAGUCUCCCUGAUGUUGAAAAUCUUGUGAAGCUACUUCUUCAAAAUGUGAAAGUCUCCAAUCAAGAUAAGUCAGCCCUGGAAGAAGAGAAAGCGAAGCGCAGAGCAUUGGAAUUAGAAGCCGAAGAAAUGAGACAGAAGAUCAAGAUGUUUGAGCGGUUGUCUCAACCAACAGAAGCUGCUGCAGUUCAAAAGAAAUUAGAUGCAUUCCAGGUCAACUAUUUAAAUUCGAACAAAACAGGAGAUUCCAUGCAGGCCACAAUGUCCAAAUAUAUUAAGGACCUGAUGUUAAAAGAUCAAUUGUCAAAGAAGAAGCUGUUCAGUGAUCCAAAAUGGUUUCCGGGAAGCAGCAAGGAUGCUGAACAGUCGAACACCAACCCUGGUAAAGACAAAGACAUGUUCAAGGAAAUGCUCAGAAAUCCACACAACCCCAUGCAGCCUGGUCCUUCAGGGCAGUUCCAUGGUGGUCCCAUGUAUAUGCCACAUGGAAUGCCUUACCAUGGGAAUGCUCCACCAUUUCAACAGAAUUUGCACCCAAUGGGACAUGGCGGGGCUCAUGGUAUGUAUCCUCAGCAGCCGCCUUACAUGAGUGGAUAUGGUGCACCACAUGGCAAUAUGUGGCAUGGGCCUCCACAUCCUGGAUAUCAGGGACCCAGUGUACCACAUCCUGGAUAUCCUGCACAGGGAGGGCCACACCCUGGAUAUCCGGCCCAGGGAGGACCAUUUCCUGGUCCAAAACAAGCGAUGCCACCUCAACAAGAGUCAAAGAAGAAACAGAAACAAGUUCAGCCUCAACCACAGAAUCCUCCAAAACAAAAGCAGCAGCAACAACAAAAUCAACCCAAGCAAAAACAACAACAGAAUCAACAACAAAAUCAACCCAAGCAAAAACAACAACAAAAUCAACCCAAGCAGAAACAACAACAACAACCAAACCAACAACAGAAUCAACCAAAACAAAACCAGGCACCAAACAAUCUGAAUGUUCCUCAAGGAGAGGGAAAGAAGAAGAAGAACGCCCAAAACCAGGAACAAAACAAAAAUGGUGCCCAGCCCAAACUAACAGUUCCGGUAGGAUCUUGUGUUACUCUUUCUCCCAACUCUUCAACUUCAGUGGCAGCUGCACAAAAUGGAGGCUCAAAAUCCAGCUCUGGCAUCAAGUUGACCCAGGAUGAGAUCAACAAACUGAAACAAUCGAUUCAGAUGAUGGACGCUCAGGCGGCUGCCACAGGCAAGAAGAAAAGAAACAAGAAGAAGAAGAAAGCAGGAGGUGAAGAGGGGGACGAUAGUGGAAGUGGCGGCGAAGGGGGGGAUAAGAGCAACAACUUGUCAAAGGAGGGAGGUGGUUGUGGAGGAGGAGGAGGAGAAAUGGUGAUGAAUGAGCUGGGUGGAGGAGGAGGAAAGAAGAAGAACAACAACAAUGUGGUGGAACAGAAGAAGAAGGAUGAGAAGGAGGAGGUGUUGGAGCAACCGGUAGCUGCACCAGGAGAAGGCAAAAAGAAGAAUAAAAAGAAGAAUGCUGGAGCUGAUGGAAAUCAGGCAAAUCCUGAUUUUGCACUGUAUGUUGGAGAUCGUUGGCCAUCUGUGGCUGACGUUGAGGCUGGACGUUUGCAGCUGGAUCAACCAGUCAAGAACAUUUUAAUGGUGGAUAAGACGGUGAAUGGAAAUGUGUGUUCCACUCCAAAGACAGUUCAAGACAUGCUGAUAUUCCAUAAGCUGCAUCCCACCGCUGUACUUGUCUUCACCAGUGAUUAGGUCAAUGACCUUUCACCCAUGUCAAGGUCGUAUCAAUUAACAUCACUACUGUAGUCAGCCUCCAGGGCUCAGGAGAACUCGCUCAAAAUAGUUCAAGAUGAUUGCAUACAAUUGAUGAUCAAGCUGGCAGCUUAUUUGUGACUUGUGAUUGACUGCAUGCAAUUAAUAAUCCAGCUAAAAUAAUUGUAUCUCAAACUUACAUUUGUGAUGUUUGAUGAUGAAGUACUUCACAAAUUUUUCUAUCCACUUUCAAUGUUAUCCUAUUUUAAUCUUGAGGGUCACUUUCUCCAAAAAGCUGAACUAAUUUGUAUAACAUUUAUAAGGAACAACUGAUUUAUGUAAAUAGAUUUUUUAUGAAUUCUUUAAUAGGCUAUCAUUUCAGUUUUGAUUUCAAAGACACAACAUUUAUUUCUCAAUAUACAUUUUUCUAGUGUGAGAACUUUGAAUUUUCGCUGGCAGUAAGCCUUUGCGUGUUAAUAAUUUGAAGUUGGUUGAACGCAAUAGAAAUAUGUUGUAGAACAUACAAACAAUCUCAGAAACGGAAGAUUCGAGUCUCAAAGUAAAAAGUAACAACACGCUACACUCAUUCACUUGAAAUUUAUAUUUUGUCUGGGAUUUUCCUCCCAGGAGAGUACUUUUGGAUUUACCCUGUCCGACUGGUGGCAUUUCGCGAGCCUGCACUGGUUCAUCAGUGACAUCAGUCCAAGUUAAUUUACUUUAUUUUACUUGUUCGUCAUAUUGAACUGCAUUAAGGAAGCAACGCACCCGCAGUAUAUGACACGUCAAAGUAAUGACAAUUAAUCUAAUAUAUAUAUUUAUAUUACUAAUAACCUUCAUCUAUCAAUCACAACAGAAAAGAGAACACAACCGAGAACACAUAACAUACAUUAAGCAAAAUUCAACUAACAAGGAAGUCUGCUAAUUUGUAUGGUCACAAUACAGUAAGGAAUUCCCUGAGUGUAUUUUUAACUCCCUCAAGCCCUCAAUUUCUCUGAUGUGAGAUGGGAGUGAAAUUAAUAUUUUCAUUCCCAUAUAAAACGGGCCACUCUCCAGCAGACAAAGUCUAUGAGGUGGGUAAACAAUACCUUUAAAUCUUGUAUUUUGGGGAUGACUCAACUGGUUCUCUUCAUUUACCCGUCUAUUUUUGAAAACGAAGAUUGCUAAAUCAAAUAUAUAAAUAGCAGGAGCUGCUAGCAAUUUCUUUUCUUUAAAAUAAGGCCUGCAAGAAUAUCUUCUAUUAAUCUUAUAAAUUAUCCUCACGGAUACUCUCAAAGCAAACAAGGCUCUAUUCAACUAGUGACCUUAGAAAUAUGUAGCUUCCAUUUCGAAUCACUCUCCACCAUCAAACCCAAGAAUGCUGUGGAAUCAAAAGUUUCAAUUUUAGUCUACUCUGAGUUACAGCUCGGCUCUUCCAUAGCACAAACAUCCUGCCGGACUCCAAUUGGCAUCACGUUCGUAGAACUACAUCUUCUUCCUGCAGUGUACUCUGUCGGUCCAUGCAGGCGAUUGCUGCUUGUCGCUUGUAUCGUAGUACACAUAAAAUAGGUCGUACUUAUAAGUUGGAUCAAAGUCAAUAGGACCUUCAUAAAAAAUUAAAAGAACUCUCCAAGCUCGUUGCUGCUUCUGCAACUGCUCGUGAGCUCAUGUCAACGCGCUAGUUGAAAUCGCAGCACCAAAUUACAUCAUCAUGACAGUUUGAAGAUCGUCCAAAAAAUGGCAUUUUUCUGAUUAUUUCGGCGUAGUCAACGUUUCUUUCUGCUACUUGUGAUUGACUUAUUGGCGAAUUGCUUAUUAGAUUUCCAGUCUUUUGAUAUAUGGUGGAAGAAUGUUGAAGAGUGUAACAGGAAGGCAUUCAGUCUCAGCUUGUCUCGGACAUCCGGAAAUUGUUUAGUACCCAUUCAAUGUCAUAUCAAUCACACGGAUGUGGCCACUGUCUAACCAAACAGAGGCAACAUACUCUGCUGCAGUGCACAGAGUCGCAGCUUUUAUAGUAGCAGCUACAUUAGUCUUUAGAGGAUAUUCGAGCUUCGUCCCCUGCAACCCCGGUGUGGUAGGUUGGCAGCAUCCGCGCUUCACCUAGGAGGUGGGUUUCGCCCGCUCAAUCGCUCUCUAAAACUGUAGAGUUGUGGGUAGCAGCCUCCGCGCUUAGGCUGGGAGGCGGGAUUGCCCUCCCAAUCACCUGUUAUAUCUAUACAGGUUUGGGUAGCAACCUCCGCGCUUCGUGCUCCGGCUGGGAGGCGGGCUUCGCCCCCUCAAUUGCCCUUUAAACUGUACAGGUGUGGGUAGCAGCCUCCGCGCUUUGCGCUCCGACUGGGUGCCGGGCUUCGCCUGUUAAAUCAAUACAGCUGUGGGUAGCAGCCUCCGCGCUUCGUGCUCCUUUUUUCUCCCUGGUUUGUUCAGGACACAUGUUUUCCCGGGUUCUGAAUCCUAUUAUGACUUAGAAAAUGCAGUAAAUUUCAUAUUUUUUGCAAAAGUCCACCCUCCCCCCAUAGAAUUAACUUUCGCCUGAAGUUUGCUCUCAGUCUCUGCAAUGACAAUACCAAUGACGCUGCAAGGACAAUAAUAUCGGCAUAAAUUAAUUUUUCACACCUGGUGGGAGAACUUUCUAUACCUGUAUGUUUAUUUAACGACCGCAUUGAGUUCUUACCGAUGACUGAAGUUGUUCUCCGUUUGUGGGUUUGUUCGACGAUUACUUUGUUUGCUUUCUUCAAAUAACUUGAAAUUUCAAUCAAAUCAAAUCAUAUUCUUUGAACCAUUAUAAUGCUGUACAGAUUGAGAUCGUUGGUCAACGAAAUUGAGCCGAAUGAAUAAAGAGUGAGCCAAGUCUAUCAAGUAUUCAAACUGCGAGUAAAUAAAUGUGAAUAAAGUUCCGAGUUGAGUCCAAACGGUUUCCUUGCUAGAUUGCAGAGAUGGAAGUAAGUGCUCGGUAGCCCGGAUAUUCAACUUUUGUAACAUCUGUUAUUCGACUUUCACUUUUGAAAAUGUGAAUUUAACAUAAACACUAUUGGACUGAUUAGCGGUCAGUUGUCUCUUGAUGCUGAACGAGAAUUCACUAGUCCUAAUCUAAAGUAAAAUGUGGCUGAGAUUGAUCAAUAGCAAAUGGAAUGAUUAUUCGAUUAUAUUAAUGUAAAAUAUGAGUGAGAUUGAUCAAUUU